GGGGUCAAGGACUGAUGGAUCUAUAGUAUACUUGGCUGUUUUUCAACUUCAGUCCAGCUUUAUCGAUGCUCUGACUUCCUUAGGAAUGUGUGCUAAGGGUGGUAGGGGCUCAGCUAGUUUCUUUCAAGGUCCUUUAUGAUGACAGCAGUAUUCCCAAGAUGGCCACUGCAGCCAGAAAGGCCAGUGUAGAGUUGGACAAGUCCGUCAACUGCGUGGUGUGUGAUAAGACUGCGACAGACGUCAGGGACAGACACAGCUACUACAACAUCUUUCAGCACACCGACCCUACGGCUGGGCGUAAACUUCACUUACGUCUGCAGGCUGUUCUUGAAGUAGCAAUCAACGAGCGACGGGUGUCCUCUAAAUGGCUGUGUAAGGGGUGUUACAGGAGAGUGGAGAGGCUGGAGGCAGCUAGAGAUCUGAAGGAGAAGCUUCUGUCUCAGUUCUACCACACCGACGGCUGUCACCAAGCACCCCACUUCAGCAGACAGGACGGACCGGUGACGAGUUAUAACCUCACGUGUGCCAGGAAGAGUGGACGACUCAGUAGGAGCACUUCAGACGAGUCCUCUCUUCCCAAAACAAACAGUGAUGUGACAUCUUGGUCUGAGAGGCCCAGUGAAGGAGAUACUUUAAACAGGACAGACAGUAAUGACUGUUCUGUUUGUGUUGGAGUUUGGGUGAGACACAGUCAGCCAUGGCCAGUAUUGGAGCAUCCAUUGUCUCAAAAACAGGUGGAAACUGGAGAAGAAGUCAUGGAGAAACAGCUUCCUUCAGGAGAGACUGAAGAAAACGGUGACUCUGGUCCAAUCUUAGAGGGAACACAGCUGUCAUAUCUUGGUCACGAGUGUGAAACAAUCCCAGAAUUCCUAGGGCAGGAGUAUGGCCAGUUUGUCAAGAGAUUGGACCUGAGCUUCAACCGGAUUCGGUCUCUGGACGGUUUGUCAUCAUUCCCGGAGCUGGAGGAACUGAUCGUGGACAACAAUGAGCUCGACGACGGCGUCGUAUUUCCGCGGUUACCAACGCUUCACACGCUAAUGAUCAACAAAAAUAGAAUUACAGAUCUGGAGGACUUCCUCAACAAGGUUGACACCAGCUGUCCGAACUUGACCUACCUUAGCCUGCUGGGCAACGUGGCCUGCCCCAACGAGCUGUCAGCAGAGGACAAGGACGAAGAGGACUACCAGAGAUAUAGAUACUACGUCCUGUACAAAAUGCCCAGUCUACGGUUCCUGGAUGCUCGGCCUGUCAGCAGAACGGAGCUUGCAGAGGCCAAGACACGAGGCGCCUUCAUGAGAGUAGCGCGGCCAGCACAAGACAUGUUUGACGACACAUCAGGAGAGUCCCCCCCAUCAGCAUACUCGCCUCUUCCUACCUCUUCCCAAGCUGAAGGGAAGCACCAAGGAACCUUUGGGAGAUGCAGGUAUGUGUACCACGGACGGCAUUCUGAAGGAAACAGAUUCAUCCGGAACAAUGACUUGUGAUCUCUACAGGAUACAGAUAGACACUGCUUGAGUGUUCUGAUAGAAUACCAGCGUUGAGCUUCCUGCAGUUCUGAAAUAAAUCAGUAGGGGGCACUAGUGAUAGGAUGUCCCACCAUGAACCUCAAUGCUUUGGAAUAGUCAGGGAAUCUGCGAUGCAUUAUAUGUGUAUAACUGGAAAUAUAUGUUAAUAAGUGUUGAAACUCACAGCAUCAUGCAGUGUCAAGCUUUUUCUACAUGAUUGUGUAGUUUUUGCUCCAUAAAAAGAGCGAGGGUGUGUUUGCUGAGGCAUCCUUUACCAUUUCACGUCUGGGGGUGGGGGGUGGGGGGGUCCCAGUUGUGUCCUGUAGUUGGUUCAGAUAGUAUAAAGUUGCUAGGUCACACACACUGCAUCUGAGCUAGUCAAAUAGUGAGUGAAAGUGUGUAAGAAUGGGCUAGUUCAGGUUUCUCUCUAAUAUUUGGUUUAAUUAUUUGGUUUGAACAGUAUUAAUUAAUAAUUAAAGCUUAAGGGUACAUGUAGAAACUACCUGUUUUCACCUACAGGUUCAGUAGUUCCAGACUCUCCAUCUUUGGGUUAAUCGGUAUAUAAUGUAACAAACAAAUAAAUGUGCAUUAACUAUCUAUUCUAUCUAAUCUUUUGGAGGUAUAAGAAUAGGGUGGAAAUUAAAAGCUGCAUGUAUGUGGUAUAAAUAUUACAAACAAGGCAAAUAUUAAAUAUAUGUAUCAGACAACAUUCUCCUUAGUUUACUUAUGUGUAGUUUGUCCAACUGAUAUAAAAGACUCAGGUAAAUAUGUUUGACAGAUUGUGCUUUGCUUGUUUCAAAAAUGUAUAUUUCAGUCGACAAUCAUCUAAAGAAGCAUUAUUGUUGAAGAUUUUUUGUGGUGUUAAAAACUAAUCGCUGCUUUUCUAUAUUCAAUCCCACCACCUGACUUGUAUACUUUGACUUGCAGCUACAACUUACAUGUAGACAAAAUGUUUUUACUCCAAUAUCAUCCAUAAAUUGUAUUGUAUUUUGUCCUUUUGAGUAUUUAAAUAUUUUAAACAGCUAUGCACCAAUGUAUUGUAGCUUUCAAUUUUGUCAAAUUAAUGCAUAUCAAUUACGUUAAAAUAUGACCUAUCAUAUUGUGAUGAAUUAGAGAAGUUGCCAUAGAGUUGGAUUAUUUAAAUGAUACAUGUAAUUGUGUACUUGCAAUAAUAAUACCUUGGUGGCAAUAAAGACAUUGUAUACCAAGUCUUACUGAUGAAAUUCUCUACAGAAAUUUAAUAUGAAAACAACUUUUUACAAGAUGUAUUAAAGUAUCAAUAAAGCACAAUAUUAUGUUCAUUAUAUCAUUCACAAUUUACAAAAUGUAUGCUGCCAUAGGUGUAUACUUAUGCCUGACUUCUCUUUUUUUCAGUCAGUACUUUAUAUGUUACAGGCUUGAAGACAUAUUAUUCUUUAAUUAAAAGCUGUUUUCUUCCAGCUUUAAAUUAUUAGAGAUGUGUAUCUAUCUUGUUGUGUAUUUAAAGAUGACAAUAUUGAGAACUAUAUGUAGUUUACAAUGUAUUGAAUAAAUUUAAUAAAACACAUGAA